UGCGCAGUCUCUGCCGCCGGCUCGCGGCGCGUGGCGCUCGCUCUGCGCCGCGCGCGUCCCCUCGGCUUCGGGUCUCGGCGGCGGCGCGCGGCGCUCGCGGGCCAUGUCGUGGCUCUUCGGUAUCAAGGGCCCCAAGGGCGAAGGCGCGGGGCCGCCGCUGCCCCUGCCGCCUGUGCAGCCCGGGGCCGAGGGCGGCGGGGACCGCGGCGCGGGGGACCGGCCGGCGCCCAAGGACAAAUGGAGCAACUUCGACCCGACGGGCCUGGAGCGCGCAGCCAAGGCGGCGCGGGAGCUGGAGCACUCGCGACAUGCCAAGGAGGCGCUGAGCCUGGCACAGAUGCAGGAGCAGACGCUUCAGCUGGAGCAUCAGGCCAGGCUCAAGGAACACGAGGCCGCCGUGGAGCAGCUGAAGGGCGAGCAGAUCCGUGUGCAGGCCGAGGAGAGGAGGAAGACCCUGAGCGAGGAGACGCGGCAACACCAGGCCAGGGCCCAGUACCAGGACCGGCUGGCCCGGCAGCGCUACGAGGACCAGCUGAAGCAGCAGCAACUUCUCAACGAGGAGAACCUACGGAGGCAGGAGGAGUCCGUGCAGAAGCAGGAGGCCCUGCGACGUGCCACCGUGGAGCAGGAGCUGGAGCUUCGGCACAAGAACGAGAUGCUGCGGGUGGAGGCUGAGGCGCGUGCCCGGGCCAAGGCCGAGCGCGAGAACGCCGACAUCAUCCGUGAGCAGAUCCGCCUGAAGGCCGCCGAGCACCGCCAGACCGUCCUGGAGUCCAUCAGGACGGCUGGCACCCUCUUUGGUGAAGGCUUCCGUGCCUUUGUGACAGACUGGGACAAGGUGGCAGCCACGGUGGCCGGGCUGACGCUGCUGGCCGUCGGGGUCUAUUCCGCCAAGAACGCCACGUUGGUCGCAGGGCGGUACAUUGAGGCCCGGCUGGGGAAGCCGUCCCUGGUGCGGGAGACGUCUCGAAUCACGGUGCUGGAGGCGCUGAGGCACCCCGUGCAGGUCAGCAGACGACUCCUCAGUAAGCCUCAGGACGCGUUGGAGGGUGUCGUCCUCAGCCCCAGCCUGGAGGCGCGCGUGCGGGACAUCGCCAUCGCCACCAGGAACACCAGGAAGAACAGGAGCCUGUACCGCAACAUCCUGAUGCACGGGCCACCCGGGACCGGCAAGACGCUGUUCGCCAAGAAACUCGCACUGCACUCGGGCAUGGACUACGCCAUCAUGACGGGCGGGGACGUGGCCCCCAUGGGGCGGGAAGGUGUGACUGCCAUGCACAAGGUUUUCGACUGGGCCAGCACCAGCCGGCGAGGCCUCCUGCUCUUCGUGGACGAAGCGGACGCCUUUCUCAGGAAGCGAGCCACUGAGAAGAUCAGCGAGGACCUCCGGGCCACCCUGAACGCGUUCCUGCACCGGACAGGCCAGCACAGCAACAAGUUCAUGCUGGUCCUGGCCAGCAACCAGCCCGAGCAGUUCGAUUGGGCCAUCAACGACCGCAUCGACGAGAUGGUUAGCUUCGACCUGCCGCGGCGGGAGGAGCGGGAGCGCCUGGUGAGGAUGUAUUUUGACAAGUAUGUUCUUAAACCGGCCACGGAAGGAAAGCAGCGCUUGAAGCUGGCCCAGUUUGACUACGGGAAGAAGUGCUCGGAGAUCGCACAGCUGACGGAGGGCAUGUCGGGCCGGGAGAUAGCCCAGCUCGCUGUGGCGUGGCAGGCCAUGGCCUAUGCCUCUGAGGAUGGGGUCCUCACUGAGGCCAUGAUGGACGCCCGGGUCCAGGAUGCCAUCCAGCAGCACGAGCAGAAGAUGCGGUGGCUGAAGGCGGAGGGGAGCCAGCCCCCGCUCCCGAGCACACCGGCCGAGUGAGCCGGGCCUGGACACCUGGGGCACGCUGGCCAGGGGCAUCACCGAGAAGAAACACCCAGGUGCCCUGUCUCCCAGUGGGUGUGGGGGCACCGCACAGCUGCCCACCUCCCAGCAUUUUUAAUCCUCUGGUCAGGGCCAGGGCAGCGUUAAAGACCUCUGCUCAGGACCAGCGGCACUGCGUGUCUUUGAGGCAGGUUCGUUGCCCUGCCCCCCCCCACCUCCAGGCGGUGGUGCUGGCUGGGGAGAGGGACAGGCUGGGGCCACCCCCAGCACACUCCUGAGAGAUGUGUUUCUCCAGGCCAGGCCCAGAUGGGGAGCAGGCACUGUCCCCCGUGCCCAGGGGCAGCGGCCACACUGGCAGCACAGCUUUCCAGGCGGGGGUGGGCUGCUGCAGCUGUGACCAGCAGUAGGGGGCCUGGCCAAGGGAGGGGACCUGGCCUUGCCCAGGACCAGGAAAGAGCCCGUGAUGAGCAGAGCUGGCCCCUGUAGCUCAGUGGAGGGUGCCCAACGCUGUCCUCAGGAGGGGAGUGCCUUUCAGGUCUGUGAACCUGUAAACCCAGGGGCCAAGAACCAGCCCUCCGAGACCCGAAGGCCAAGGGGUGGGGUGGGGUGUGGAUGCCCAGCCCACAGAAGCCACAGUCUCCCUGAUUGGAGGUGGGGUCUUUUUACCCAGAAUCUAAUAAAAACUCCGACAGU